UUUUACUACCAAGGUCGACUCGGUAUCACCCGAUGCGUAUACCCGACACACGAGCACCAGAAUGGCGAAGGUUAGGAUCCAUAGGACAUUCACUCUCGGUCUUAUCAUGGUCUCCCUGAACAUAUGCUUCGUGUUGGUACUACAGAAGUGCGUACUGAGUCGAAAUGACCAUCGGGACAUUUCAGAACGUGACGUCAGCAUGUUUGAGAGUUUGCCGGCCGUGAAUUCUAAGCCAGGCGAAAAUAGGACGAUAAAGGGAAAAAGCAAGAAGCCAAAAGUACGGAGCCAUAAAUUUACCGAGAGUACCUUUAACUGGACUGACUUCAACCAGACAGCCGUUGAAAAGCUCAGGCACAUAAUUUUGAACCGGACCUGGGCGAAGACGCAUCUGUACUGCUCUCAAUUCAACAUCCCGGUUCACUCUAACCUCACCUUCUUUGAGAGUAAUAAAGUCAUCAAGGUCAUGAGAGGGACAUAUCAACACUUUCCUAGGAAAGUCGAGUUUCCGAAAGUGCCAUACCGCACAUGCGCAGUGAUAGGGAACAGCGGAGUCCUACUAAACAGCAAGUGUGGGAGGGAAAUUGAUUCCUUUGAUUAUAUAUUCAGACUGAAUCUUCCUCCUGUCGGACCACUAUUCCACCCAGAUGUUGGGCACAGAGCUCACUUCGUUACCAUCAACCCGUCCAUUCUUACGGAAAGAUUUAAAUACCUGACCGACGAGGAUGAACAGAAACUGUUUCUGCGGAGCGUGCUUGCCUACAGGACAAAUGCGACCUUCUACACACACCCCUUCCACAAUCCACUGUACAGAAAAACCGCAUACAGAGCCAUGUUCCUGGUGCGGGACAGUGGGAAUGGCAGUGUCGUGCGAUGGUCUCAUCCGGACUUCCUUCGAAGGAUUAACGAUUUCUGGAAGAAGAUUAAAGGGAUUAAGGAGAAACGGAUUACAUCUGGCCUGAUGGUGACCACCUUUGCCCUGUCUAUGUGUGAGGAGACACAUCUAUACGGCUUCUGGCCCUACAGUAUGGACCUGAGGAAGAAGAAAAGCGUACCGUAUCAUUACUUCAAACGGAGCAUCACAGUACAACACAAGGUCGUCAAAGGGGAUGAAAUAUUUCGGAAAGUCGUCGACAAAAACUUGGUCCAUAACAUGGCGCAUGAGUUCAGCUUACUGGUAAAAAUGCACAAGCAAAGACUCCUGAGACUGCACGUGAAGCCAUGUAAAUGACCAGAAUGAAUGUCCAAUAACUGAUUAUUUAUCACAGAUUCUAUUUAUCUCUCUCCAAAAAAAAGAAUCCUGAGAAGAAUUAGAAAAAGACUCUACUUAUCGCUAUCACAUGUUCUAAUUUAUAGUUUUUUUGUGCCUUUAUUUGUAUAGUUAUUACGCUUUUCAUGAGAAAUACUAUUUGAGCUAAAAGAAUGAGAUAAAUAGCUAACUCUGAAUAACAUUAAGAUCACUCUCACGCUUUUCGAUGUAUCGUGUUGGGACCAAUUUCGCUUUCUACAGGCCUUCGCUCAUACAGACAUGCGAAGCAUUGCAAUACGUACUGAUUUCAGAGUCCAAUUCACUAGUUUCAUUAAAAGUAGCAACUUUAAAGUGUUGAGUACGAAACGUAAUGCACAUGUAUCUAAUAAGACCAAAGAGGUUAUACGAUCAAGCAUUUGUGUGAGACUGGGAAUCUAACAGCCGAAUACAGUAUUAGUUGAAUACAAUGUCUUACUAAA